GGCAGCAAAGCAUCAUUUGGUGCUAGCAUCAUCUAGGAAUAUUAUCCGGCUUUCCGUGCCUAAAAAUGCCGUACGCCAAUCAGCCAUCGGUUACAAUAUCGGAGCUGACCGACGAAAACGUCAAGUUCAUAGUUGAAGACACUGAAUUGAGUGUGGCAAACAGUCUACGCCGGGUGUUCAUCGCCGAAACGCCGACACUGGCAAUUGAUUGGGUUCAGCUGGAAUCAAAUACAACCGUUCUGGCCGAUGAGUUUCUUGCACAUCGAGUCGGCUUGAUACCGCUGAUAUCGGAUGAGGUGGUUGACCGGAUGCAAUACAGUCGUGAUUGUCCCUGUUUGGACUUCUGUAAUGAGUGUAGCGUAGAAUUUACGCUUGAUGUGAAAUGCAACGAGGAACACACACGGCACGUGACAACAGCAGACCUAAAAUCGAGCGAUCCUCGCGUGUUACCGGUCACAUCAAGACAUCGUGAUGAUGAAGACAAUGAAUACGGGGAAGGAACGGAUGAAAUACUUAUUAUUAAGCUUCGCAAAGGACAGGAACUAAAGCUGAAGGCGUAUGCAAAAAAAGGAUUCGGCAAAGAACAUGCUAAAUGGAAUCCUACAUGUGGAGUUAGCUUUGAGUACGAUCCGGACAACGCGAUGAGACACACACUCUAUCCGAAGCCAGACGAAUGGCCGAAAUCGGAGCACACGGAGCUCGAUGACGACAAGUAUGAAGCUGAAUACAACUGGGAGUUGAAGCCGAAUAAAUUCUUCUUUAAUGUUGAAUCGUCUGGUGCUCUAAAGCCAGAAAAUAUUGUACUAAUGGGAGUACAAGUCCUAAAAAACAAGCUGUCUAACCUCCAAACACAGUUGAGUCAUGAAACGGAUGUUUUGGCGAUUUAAACGGAUGUGCAGUUUUUUGCAGUGAUUUUCUGUGUCGGUGCAAAACAUCAGAAAACUGUAAUAUCUAUCAUUUCAGCUCAAUAGUGAGCAAUAAAGUUUGUUUCUUUUACCCUCACUAAAAA